AUGUUCGCUAGAAUCGCUGCUUUUGCUACCUUCGCUAUCCCUCUCGUGUCUGCACUGACGCUCAACACACCAACGGGUGCUUCAAAUGGUGGCUCGCUCAAUGUCACUUGGGGUGCGACCACGUCCGACCCCAGUUCGUUCAGUCUUUACAUGGUGAACACCAUCUUCCACAACACGUUCGCCAUCGCAAACAACGUGCAAGCUUCGGCAGGGUGGCAUGACUAUUACGCUUCCCGACGUCCCCUGUUGGGGUGGCUGACCUCGUGGCAGUAUAGUGACGGUUACACCCUCGAGGCUACCAGCAACAGUAACAUCACCGACGUCUACGCAACAAGUGGUGACUUUGCUGUUACCGCAGCGACGACUUCCUCAACGUCGGUGUCGUCCACCACGUCAACGUCGACGUCGACGUCUUUGUCCGGGAGCUCUGGCACGGCGUCGACUGUGUCUCCUACAGGCACCACCCCUGCUACCACAUCGAGCUCGUCUGGAACUUCUACACCUUCGACUAUCAACAGUGGUGGUGCUACGUCGCUCAAGAUUGGCAUGGGUCCCGUUGCUGUCGUUCUACUCUCUGCAGCAGCUGGCGCAGCUAUCAUGUUCUAA